UGCAUUUAAGAUCUACGUUUAAAAUAAGAUCAGCUUUCUUACAUACAUUUGCUUCUUCAAACCUGAGCUUCAACUCAACUCCAAUGUAUGAAGUUGAACAAAAAAAAAAAAAAAAAAGAAUUAGAAUUUGAAAUAGAAAUAGAAUUUAUUUUAAAACUAAAACUAUUUUAUUUAGUCGAACGUGUUUGCGGAAUAAACAUCGUCUGUAAUUAUUUAUACUUUCAUUCCAUCGCUUCACAAACUUCAUUUUUUUUCUCGUAAGUUCUCUCUCUCUCUCUCUCUCUCUCUCUCUCACACACACACACACACACACACACACACACACACACACACACACACACACACACACACACUCUCAGUCCAACCUCAGUCUGGUUCAAUCACAUUAGCUCUCAAUCGUGUGAUGACUGUACAAAAACAGAGAACACACAUACACACAUAUAAGCAAACACACCACCACCACCACCACACAAACUCACACACUCACACACUCACACACGCUCUCACCAGGCUUCAGGUCCCGCUGGUGACUUCAGAGACAUCUGUUCGGUCUUUCCGCCUCCUGUCUCUUUAAGAAAAAUGCCUCGUUCUUUUCUGGUCAGGAGCAAGAGGGCGGGGUCUCAUUCAUCCCGCUCCGCCCACUCCCACACCCACCACUCUGACGGACAACUCGGAGCCAUGCACGGGUCCACCGGGAGCAGCUCACCUGAAGCACUAGAGCUCAGUCCAAAAACGGAUUCAGCUCCCAGUUACCCCGCCUCUCACUGGGUUUCCAUGAAAACCAGCCCGAACUCUGCCUCCCAGGCUGAGAACUGGGGCCUCUGGAGAACAGAUGAGCAGACAGGAGAGAGUGGGCGCCCCCUGGUGUCCACCUCAGUGUGGCCUCCUCCCCUGAGCCACACACUCAGCUCUCACAGGGAGCAGGAACUGGAGCGACUGGUGCAGGUGCUGCUGAGCCACAGGCUGCAGGACAGCUCCAACACUCCACUGUGCGAAUGUCCACUCUGUGAGAAGGUGCUGUCAUCUGCGACGGGUUUGGUGACUCACCUGCGCAGGUCUCACAUCAACAGAGUCACCAUUCCACUGACUGGGUCGGGAUUCGGCACUCAGCAUCACAGCCUCCGACCCCCCACCGGCUUCUACGGCAGGGCUAAAGAGCGCAGUUUUGUCUGUAAGGUGUGUGGGAAGGUGUUUAAACGCUCGUCGACUCUCUCCACUCACCUGCUGAUCCACUCAGACACUCGGCCUUACCCCUGUCAAUACUGCGGCAAGAGAUUCCACCAGAAAUCUGACAUGAAGAAACACACCUUCAUACACACUGGUGAGAAGCCUCACGUGUGUGUGGUGUGUGGGAAGGCGUUCAGUCAGAGCUCCAACCUGAUCACCCACAGCCGGAAGCACAGCAGCUACAGACCGUUCCGCUGCCUGCACUGCCCGCUCGGCUUCCAGAAGAAACUGGACCUGCAGCGCCACCUGGAGACGCACUGCAGCAAUAACAGCAGCACGGCCUACCAGAGCAGCCUGAGUUAGCGCUCCAUGCUAAAUACCCCAAACCGCAAUGUAUAUUGACCUUGAUAUCUGGUCUUGAAACCCCCCCCCCCCCUGCUUUUUUAUUAUUAUUUUUUUAAAACAGGUGUGCUCUGAAUGAAUUUGCAAAUAAAAACAAAAUGGUUCAAGCUUUCUUUUUUUCCCCUUCCAAUUUCUGACCUAUGUGUUCCAGGCAGUUCCCACAUACUAGCCAUCACACAACACGUGCUUUCUCUGAGACAUUAGCUCACAGACAUCCAUGACUGCCUAAUGCAGCGUUCCCCGACCUCGGUUCAGUCACGGCACCCUGUGAAAAUGUCCAGAAAUUUGUGUCACCCUACACAAACGCUAAUGCUAAAGAGCGUUAGCUACAUGGGGAUGAAGUUGAUGGUCCAGAAGCAUCCAGAGCUUUUCUUUUAAGAACUCUGCCCAUAUUCAUUUGCACUACACACGCAUCGUCACACGCUAAUUAUGAGGAUAAAACACACGCAUACGUCACGCAGGCUGAUGUUCACGUGCUGCUGACGGGUCAGCGAGGGGGGGUCGGGGGAGGGGGGAAUUAUUAUUAUUUUAUAUAUCAUUUUGAAUUAUUAUUAUCAUUGUUAUGCGUGUGUGUGUGUCUGUCUUAUAUAUAUAUAUAUAUAUUUU